CUGCAGUGUAUAGAUUCGCUUUAGUUUACGCCAAACUAUUGCUGCUGAGUGUCACUCAAUACGUUGGAGAUUUAGACAUUUUCAGACGACAGGGUUUCGUUAAAACAAACAUGUAAAGUUGGUAAAUUAAGGAAAUACGGAAGUUUAAAAGUUCCCGAAAAUAACUAAGAAAAAGAGCUUUAUCGAAGCGAAGAUGCGAGGGUGUGAACACUACAUAUUUGCUGCACACGGAGGACUCGUGUAGUGUUCCACACGAACCACAAUAAACAAAUGUUAGUCAUCAAUAAAGGACAAUCUCUAUGUGACAUUAUGGUCGUGGUUGCAGUCUUUCUGCUUCUGACAUAAACUAUAAUGGUAAUUAUAGGGGUGCACGUGCAGCACACAUUCAUCCACUAAAGAAACGUUCAAGAGAAAGUUGAGUCUUCGCCAAAAGACACUUUAAUACGUUUUCAAACGUAUGAUGUUUGUUGGUAUAGUUCUUUAAAAUAUACCAAAUGAUAUAUAUUUUAAACCGAAAGUUGUGUUAACAGUUUAUUUUUAAGUUUUAAAAAAGCGCAAAUGCUUGAAGAAACAAUGGCAUGUCUUGGUUGCGGGUAUAACAACGGACCAGACUUUUAUAACUCAGCGGAAGAGGAGAAAAUCGCGCGCACGCGCAAUAAGCAGAUAUGCAAAGCGCUGAAAGAAUACAGGCGUCAGGACCUCAGAAAGCUCAAACUUCUACUUCUUGGAACCGGGGAGUCCGGGAAGAGCACGAUCACCAAACAGAUGCGGAUCAUUCACAUCAACGGCUUCGAGACGAGGGAGCGGAUAGAGAAGAUUCUGGACAUCCGGCGUAAUAUCAAAGAGUCCAUGGUAGUAAUACUGUGCGCCAUGCACGAGCUGGGGAUCCCGCUCGAGCAUGCGCAGAACUCGCAUAGGAUGGAGAGGCUACUGCAGGCUGCUGACACCCAGGAUCCCGCCUCUAUUACAGACGAUCUCCUUGAGGAUAUUGAGACCCUGUGGCGGGACUCCGGAGUCCAAGAGUGCUUCUCCAGAUCAUACGAGUACCAACUUAUAGAUUCCGCAAAAUAUUUCCUAGACAAGCUGCACGAGAUUCGCCAGCCCGACUACAUCCCGUCGGACCAGGACAUCCUUCGCUGUCGCGUGCUUACCACGGGCAUACAGUUCAUCGAGUUUGACGUGCACGACGCUGGACAUCCGGUCUCAUUUUGUGUUUAUGACGUGGGCGGCCAGAGAGGAGUUCGCCGGAAGUGGAUACAGAUUUUCGACAGUGUAGCCGCCAUCUUGUUUCUUGCUGACGUCAGCAGCUAUGAUCAGACGCUUAGAGAAGACAACGAGAAAAACAGAUUCCUCGAGGCGCUAGAAAUCUUUGAGCAAGUUUGGAAGAACAGAUUCCUGCGCAGCGUCUCCAUCCUGCUCUUCAUGAACAAGAUCGACAUCUUGGCGGAGAAGGUACAGAGGGGACGCUGUAUCAGCGCGCUUACCGACAGGCAUCCGGACAUCUUCCCGAACUUCGAGACUUUCACGCCAUCCAGUGCAGAAAAAUGCGAGUUCACUGGUAGCUACCAAAGGGCGGAAGGGGACGGCCGGAAGCGGCGCAUGUCCCGGGGCUCAAAGUCGUCCGAGACCAACUCCGAUCUUGUCAAAACCGCCGUCUACAUCAAACACAUAUUCAUGAAAAUUGUGAAGGGCGAGCUAGAGUUGACACCCACUGCGGAAAAGCUCAGUAAGGACUGGCACCAGACCCACGUAUGUGAGUACUUCUACACAUGCGCAGUGGACACCAACAACGUGCAGCACGUGCUCGACGGCUGUCGGACGCUGAUCAUCCGCAAACACCUCGAGAGAUUCGGGAUAAUCUAGCCCACCUUUAUAUGCGCGGUUUAGAAAAAUGUUCAUUCAUAUCGGCGGCUCAGAGAGUUGUUGAAUACAAACGCUAUGACUGCGGGUCAGCGUAAAAAGAGUACAGCGAAUAAUCAGAUCAGAGGUAUUCCAAGCAAUAGGACUCGCCUCGUUUCGGUGAUUAACCAGUUGGACAUUUGUUUUAAAGGAUUGUGCUGUCCAACUAUGGGUUUAUUGUUGGUUGGUAAUUAAUUGCACAGGUCUGCAUCCGGUAUUAACUGCAAAUUUAUGGAAAACCGGUCUUGUAAAAACAGAACGUGUCUGCUGGCUGAAUGCUUGCUUUUUCGUCAGUGGCUUGCACGUGAUUAUAAAGUUAGGACUGAGACAUGCUAUGACAUGAACGCGAGACGACAAAGUAUAUUAAGAAAUAUUUCAUGAUGAUUUAAUACAUACAGCAGUAUUUUGGUGUGUUGAUAAAUACAAAAUACAAUAAACAUGCUUGCAAUUAUUACAGCGUGAAAAAAAGUUUGUUAGCAGAUUGAUGUCAGUUGAUGGGUUUGAACGUUGAAGUAUAUAGGUACCAGUACCCCAUCGUUAGCUUCGUCGGUUGCCAAUUGGGACAAGUUGACACAUCAGGAACGUGCGUAAUUUAUUUAUAACCAGAAAGUCAGAAUGGACAAACGUGGGUGCUUGUGAACGGAGAAUACUCCAUUCGGGUUCAAUACAAUUACAAUAAAUCAUAAAUACAUAUUAUUUACAUUUUUUUUUUGUCUUUUGGAUCACGAUGAAGUAUUCAUAGAAACGCGUCACGACGUGCAUCAGCUGUAGUAUGUACAUGGGUAUUAUGUGUCUUGUGUCUGCACGAUAUACGCAUGCGGCAUGGUUGAUCAUGAGAGUUACAUAUUCAGUGAAUAGUCCGAUGAAUAGUAAUUGUCAUACAACUACAUGAAGUUAGUUUUUACCCUUUGUAUAGAAACGCAAAAGCGUUGUGAAUGAUGUAAGGGUCGACUGGCAAAACAAACUUGAAUAGACCAAACGUUGUAAAGGGAUUGACAAGAAUAAAGUAGCAAAGUUUAUGUUUGCUAACCAUAGUGUGAGUGGUGUGCGAUCUUACAACAGAAAUAGUGACACAAUUAAAGCAGUACAAUAGCUAGCAUGUAUGUUGCGUUACAGUGGCAAAAAGUACAAUUGUAUAGAACAAUUAUUGAACAAGUAUAAGGGUUAUUCAAGAAGACUUUUUUGUAUGUGUUUUAAUUGACUCGACACAAAUAGUCCUUCCUCUAUUUGCAGAUUUUCCUUUAUUUAGUUUCACUGUCAACCAACUAAUUCUGACCUUUCUGGUAAUGUCUGCUUGUUUUAAAAAUCAUCGAAAUGAAAUAUCGCGGAUACGAGCUUUACAUAGAACUGUACACAACAUACAGCCGUGUCGCGAAUAUAAUUGUUUUGUUUAUUGCAUCUUUGUCACACAUUUACAUAUAUGUAUGUAUGCAUAUAUUGUUAGUAUUAUUUGUUUCUGAAAAAAACCCUGUUAUAUAUACAUUUUGAAUGCUCCAAAUAGUUUUAUUGCAGUUUAAAAGAAUACGUUUGAUUGGUAACUAGUUUUAUUUCUCUGUAAAGGGAGACACAGUUUUUUUACAAGUACUAGCGCCGUUAACCCAAAGUGUGCAAGUGUUCGUGACAUUAAUGCAUCCUUUUACUAAAAAAAUAAUAAUCGAUAUAUCAACAAAAUGAAAAAUAUCGUUAUACUUACGUGGCUACAAACAAAACGAAUCAUGUUCCGAAUACUUAACUUGUAGCAAAAGCCUAGCAAAAGCGUAACUUGAAAUAUCACCUAGCAUAAACAUCCAAAAAAGAAAUUGACAUUUUAUUAUCAAAUACAUUUUAAACAACUAAUGCAGCAACUUGUGUCUUCUUACGUAGUAAACUGAAGUAUUGUAUAAAUGACUUCCAUCAGGAGGCUGAUGGUAAUAUUCGUCUCAUUACUCAGAGCUUAAGGUCACAUUAAGAGAUCAAAACUAAAAUGUGGCUGCAAAACGGUGACCCAAUUGGAAUAUGGGGCAUCAUUGCCCUAGGCAUACAUGUUUUAUUUUCACUUAGAUUUAGAAUCUUUGUCUUGUACAAGCAUAACUAUUUUGUAGUAAAAUGUUUUUACCUUAAAAGAGUAUGUAAAUCUUGCUAGAGCUCGAAAAUGCUUUACGCUGUAACAAAGUCAAUCAACACUACGUUUCAAUUAACAUAAAUUGACAUUCCAAUAGCUUUUACGAAACACAAUGUACUGAAUGCAGGUAAUGUUUUAUGUUUUUACCAUAUGUAAAAUAAACAAUUUCAAAUUUU